GGGAUCGCCAUCAACUGUCAAGGCUUGACCCGGGUCUGGCUUGGCCCAGGUCAGUGAGUCCCCGAAGGGGGUCGCCACUAUCGUCGUUCUCUUGCUCUUGCUCCUGCACUUGCCUCUGCUCAUGUGAGUGCUUCUUCUCCUGAGAUGUCCCUUCCCCUCUCACAUCCAUGGCGUCCUCUGCGCAGGCAUUUUGUGGUUCCAGGCUCAGGAAGAGGCUGAGCCGCAUCCGGGAGCCUGGCAGUCGGGCUUCGGGAAGCGAUGGCGUGUGGCUGCUGCUGCAAAGUCAGUGUGCUGCUGAAGCUGUGGACAUUGUCGGGUGUGGUCGUGGCGCUGCUGGCUGGUUUGUACGUCAAGGAGCUCGCCAUCUUUCGGGAGAAUCUGUCCGGCGUCCAGUGGGUGAAUUGGAUUGGCGAGUACGCGUGUGGUCCAUCUAUCGCCAUAGAGCGGCCGAAGUCAACAGAGGAGCUCGUUUCCGCUGUCAAGAGAUGGCCCUCGGUGCGUGCGGGGGCCACUGGCCACAGCUUCAAUUUCAUGGGUUGCCCUGCCAGCUCGAAGGGCGCAGUGGUGGACAUGAGCGGGUUUGUUGACGUCAAGGUUGACUUGACGCCCUACAGCGGCAAGUACGGGAACGUCAAGUACUACAUGACCGCAGAGGCGGGCAUCAAGAUGGGCAACUUGCAGAACGCCCUCUUCGCACGAGGGCUGACCCUGCGCGUGCCUCCUGGGAACUCCGCCUACACCCUCGGCGGCUGCAUCGCUACCGGCUGUCACAACCUCGGCCAGAGCCACGCCCAGGACUUGCUCGCGGUGACCUUUGUCAUGCACAAUGGCACUAUUCGGGAGGUGACACGGCGGGACCCCGACUUCGACGCCGCCGCCGUCUCGCUGGGCCGCCUGGGCAUCAUCCUGAGCGCCACGCUGGAGGUGCAUCCGUACCGGUCACUGCUCUGGGAGGCGGAGCAGCUGGAGAUGCCAGCGGUGCCGCAGAUCCUUAAGACCUUGCAAAACAUGACCAAACGCAUGACGUCCCAGGAGACUGUUGGCAACAAGCUCGUGUUCUACCUUGCGACAAAGGUCAUGAUGAUGGAGCACUGGAUCCCCACAGGCCGCGGUGCCGACGUAGAGGAGGCCGGGCAGCCGCUCAAGCCCUACCUCAACACGCAGCCCUUCCGCGUCGGGCAGGGGCCCGUCAGCAAGGCGCUGGACGCCGCGCGCAGAUUCUUCUUCGGGUCGACGCCGCUGGAAGUGCUGAGCGCUCUGCAGGUUCCCGCCGAGACGGGCUUCCGCAUGCUCCACUCCUCCCCGCUGCUGGCCGGGGUGCGACAGGCGCUCGGGUGGCAGCACUCCCCGGAGAACCGGGGCGAGGGGACCUCGCGGCCCACCGGCAACCAGUUCACCUGGGCGGGAUGGAUCGACGAGGUCAUGAAUCUCGCGAUGGGCCUCCGGCAUGUCGAGGUGAUCUUCCCCCUGGAGCCCAUGGAGACGGCCGCAAAGUGCCUCGAGGCUGUCUUUGCUCACAGGCACCUCGCCUGGUGGCGGCUGAACGUUCGCACGAUGGCUGCCGAGGGUUUCUAUCUCUCCUCGACGCACUCGUUCAAGCCGGCUGAAUCCAUCAAGGAAGACUUCUUCUUGCGCGUAGACUUCGUUGGCCCGGGCUCGUUGCUGGACAUGCCGUCGGGGGAGGCCUCCCUGACCGCCCAGCUGCGGCAGGUGUGCCCGGGCUGGCGGAAGCACUGGGGGAAGGGCCUCUUCGCGACGUCGGCGGAGGAGCGCUGGGGGAACCCAGAGGCCUUCCUCGAGGCGGCGGAGGUGUCCCGCGCCGCGCCCGGGAAGCCGGCGGAGCUCUGCCGGGGCAUUCGGCCCCCCGUGGAGCGACGACGGUGGCUAUCGGCUGCGCGGACGCUCGCGCGCGAGCUGCCCCGCGCAGAAGAGAGGUUCGCUCGCAUGGGCCUCCCGCGUGGGUCCCUGGCAGCCGCGGCGGCGGCCGCGGUCCAUGGGCUGCUGGCGCUAGGGCUCUGGAGCUCGACGCCCGCGCCUGCUUGCCCGCAGCCGGUGUGCCCGGCGCCAUUCUGCCCGGCGCUGGUCUGCCCCGACUGUGUGUCGGUGGCCGGCGCGCCCGACCCGGGGCCGCCGGGUGGCCCUGCGGCUCUCGGCCUGGGCGAGGUGCCCGAGGAGCUGGCGGAGAUCCGCUCGGCGGCGCUUCGCCUGGAGGAGCAGCUCGCCUUGGUGCAGGCGGCGCUGGAGGCCGCUUGGAACGCCUGGAAGUACCAGCUGUUCUCCUCCAGCGGCCUCGUCGUGCCGGAGGAGGAGCUUAUGCGUGAGAUGAAGCCGGGCAAGCGGUUUGCCCUUUGGUAUGAGGACGACACUUACUGGCACGAGCGGGUCGCGCUGGCGGAGGUGCGGCCAGGGGUGUGGAUCAUCACCACUCCCGAUGGGCAUCGCUACUCUGAGAAUAUCAGGUGCCGCCGGGGUACCUCAGGCGCGGUGCAGGCGGUGCAUCUCGUCCCUGAUGCCGAGCUGCUGGAGCCGAUGAAGGGGCACUUCUACCGGUUUCGCACCGCGUUCGACGCCGCGGACCUGGUGGAGCAGAUCAAGCUGGCUGAGGGCGAGUCCUAUGGCAUCACUCGUCGUCGGCGGCCGUCGCCUGAGGCCAUUGCCCUGUGGGACGGGAGUGAGGUCGAGUAUCAGGCGCUGAUGGACUCGGACGGGGCGCAGCUGGUGCCCUUGGCUGGGGACGACGGUGAGGCGAGGCCUGCUGUCGCGCCGGGCGCCGCGGCUCUGCCGCUGGCCGCGGCCGCUGGCCCGCCGCCGGACGUCACCUGGCUCAUCGUCGACCCGCUCCACCCUGAUUUCGGUCGGGAGCGCCAUCCUGCUCCAGACGCCGAGAUGGCAGGUGACUACGCCAUGGCGUUGGACGUGAGUCGGCGGCCGGUGCCAGUGAAACGGGUGCCGAUCGCCGACGUGGCCACCUUCUUGGACACGGUGCACAUGACGGUGCGCAAGAUCCUGGACGAGGAGGGCGCCGCCGUGAAGGCGGACAAGGGUCUGGAGGGCCGCCUGAGCGAGGCCCUGGACGGCGGCACCAAGACCCCUCCUGCGGGCGAGGACGCGAGGACCUUGUCGGUGAGCUACGACGAGCACGGGGAGCGGCACAAGGACUGGCGAUCGGUCUGCGCCGAGAUCUCGUUCAGCCACUUCAGCGACUGGGGGAAGCACCACGAGGGGCCGGCGACCACGCUCGCGUUGUUCAAGAACAUCCAGCGCCAAGGGGGAGAUCCUCGCCUGUUCUAUCCCAUAUGGUGCCGGGACGCGGGCGUCAGCCCUCAGGAGCGCACGGGCAUCGAGAUGAAGCUCCUGCUGGACAUCCUGUACCUGAGCGGCUGCUACGACCAGGUCAACGGGCCAUCGUUGGCGAGCAUCGAGGCCGUGUCGAGGAGGGUGUGCCAGAUCAUCGAGGCGCACUCCGCUGGCACUCCUGGCCGCGCGAACUGGGAGGGCGUGAAGCACUUCAUGCCUCUGGCCAACUCGGCCUCGGCGGCGCCGCCGGAGCUGCGCUCGCAUGCCCACCGCCGCGCGAAGGAGGAGGUGGAGAUCGAGAACAUGCGCAUGAAGGCGCGCGGGCUGCAUCCGGGCGCCGGCGCUGAGGGCAGUCAACCUGUCCUUCCUGGCGCAGGGGCGAUGCUCGGGGCCGGCGCCGACCGUGGUCGAGUCGACGCUGGAGGCCCAGACUCGGUGGCAGGUGACAGCCGUGUGAGGCGCGUUGCCAUGCUGCCGCUCUUUCCAAUUCCCCUCUCCCCGGCACCUGCCGUGCCCAGCGGACGUGGCCGACAGGCUUCUGGCCUGCGAGGCCAUUUGCGGAGACUGAAUGCUGAUGUCAACGCAACUGUGAACGCUUUGAAUUGGAUGGCUGGGGACCGGCAUCGCCCCGAGUACGGGCCGCCGCGUACCUCAGAGCAGGCUAGUGUGCAUGCGCGCGUCAGAGACCGGAUCUCUUCCCUUUUGACCUCAGGCGUCGCGAUCCCUAGCCGGCGAGCGGCUUUUCUCGAGCUGCUGCGCGGCCGGGCUGUGUGCGAUGCAGAGCCCGGUGGACACAACCUUGCCAGUUUCUCCAAUGUCUCCUCUGUGAGCCUGCCUGACAGCCUCGUCGGCGCCCCUUCGGUGCAGGAGGUUGUGGGCCCAGAGGCGAGCCAAUUCUCGGAGCAGAACUACGAGCGCAUGCUGCGCACCUCGACGGACUUUUUGGAGCGACAGGAGUCGCUGCCCUCUAUAACUCCCUAUUGGGACCCUGUGCUUUCUCGCAGCCGCCGCGAGUUUCUGCGGCCGGUGCGGGCGCUUCUGCGGAUUGGACUGGUCACGCUUUUGCCAGCUGGUUCGGCGCAGGAGCACGUCGGUAUGUUCUUUGUGAAGAAGGGCGAGAAGGGGGGGCUCGUCUUGGAGGGCUCCGGGAUAUGUCACUACAUCUACGUUGACAAUCUGGGUGUUCUCUCUUGUGAUCCCUCUCAUACCUCGUCCGUCCUGUCCGACGCGGCGGCUCGUUUCGAGAGCGUUGGGCUCGUGACCCACGAGCACGAGGUGAGUGCCGCUUCGUCGAAGGCCCUGGGGACCCACAUAGACCUCGAGGGCCUUAGAGUUUCUCUUGCGCCCGCUCGACUGUGGAAGGUGCGCCAGGGUGUUCUGUAUGCCUUGUCGUGUCGGAAGCUGUCUGGACGUGUCUGGGAAGUGCUGCUGGGCCACCUCACCUUCUGCGCGCUGAUCAAUCGUAGCAUGAUGAGUGUCUUCAGGAGUAUCUAUGCCUUCAUAAAUAAGUACUACGCUACCCCUAUGCCGCUGUGGGACACCGCUAGGCAGGAGAUGCUGACCGCUGCCUCCCUCCUGUUCCUGAUGGAUGCCUCGUGGACGCUGCCCUGGUCCCCUGGUGUCGUGGCCACGGACGCUUCGGAGGAGGGGUUCGGGGCCACCGUCUCAGAGUGGGGCCCUCAGGACGUCUCGGAGGUGGGGGGGAUCCUGGAGAGGGGCCGCUUUCGGAAGCUUCCUGGAGUUUCUGCCCGGUCGAGGUUUUUCGGGAGUCUUGAGGAGCUUGGAUCUGAGGCGGACGAGGGGGAGUUCGACAGGCCGUAUGAUGUGGACUCUAGCUUCCCGGAGGUCCCCCACAAGCUGCUCUCGCAAGCCCACUGGAGUACCCUUCUGGCGGGCCCCUGGAAGUACUUUGACGAGGGCAUUUUCACCUUGGAGGCUAGGGCCCUGGUCCUGGGAUUUCAGGCGCUGGCGAGCGAGUGCCAAGUCAGGAACGCGAGGGUGCUCUUCUUGGUUGAUAACAUGGGGGUGUGUCUAGCCUUCGCUCGGGGGCGCACCACGGACUUCAGGAACCUGGUGACGUUCACGCCGGCGCCCGCGACUGGCAGGGCGACCCGGGCCCGCCGUCUGGCGUCCGGGGACGCGCUGGUGGCGAAGCUGGAGCAGGCCCCGAAGGAGAAGGAGCAACGGACGCUCGACGAGUGGAGCGACGGAGAGGUGACAGACAAGGACGACGAGAGCGACGCGACCUCCGACACCGUGAAGGUUCAAGUGCGGCCGGCUCGCCGAGUGCGAGUCUUGGCGGCCCCGCGGGUCGGGCGAGCGCGCCAGCCGGUGGAGGCGAAGCGGCUGCAGGGGCUGGGUCUUCUGCCGCUGGAGUCGAGCGCGGUUCAGUGGAAGACGGAGACCGACUACUACGACGCGGUGAACGCCUGGCGGGCUCGAGCCCGCGAGCUGGGCGAGCCUCUCGGCGUGGCUGCCGAGGUGGACGCGUCGGUGGCGCGGCAGCUGCAAGAGCUUUUCGACCAAGGCGAGAACCUCAGCAAGGGCGAGAAGCUCGUGGCCGGGCUGGAGCACUUCCUGCCCGAGUUCGGGCGGCAUGGAGGCCUUCAUCUUUCCCGGUGCUACCGGGCUCUGAAAGGCUGGAGACGCCGCUGCCCGCCACGAUCGCGCCGCCCCCUGGCCUUCAGCAUCUGGGCAGCCAUCAUCUGGGAGCUGUGCCGCGCGAACUUCUGGAACAUGGGGGUGUACACGCUGUUCAUGCUGGUGACCUACAUGCGGCCCUCGGAGCCCCUGAAGCUGCUGCAGGGGGACCUUCUCGCCCCGGCGCAUGGGCUCUCUGCCUCGUGGAUCUGCUUCGCCUUCCGGCAGGGGCGGGGAGCGGCGUCCAAGACGUGCGCGACGGACGAGAGCAUCGACCUGAGCUGCAGGUGGGCGCCCUACCUGACGACGGUGGUUGCUGCGCUGCGAGCAGGCGACCCCAAGGCCAAGGUCUUCAACUUCAAGUACAGCAGCUACACGCGCCAGUUCAAGAUCGCCUGCAAGAAGCUGGGGCUGACGGCCGUGCCUUAUCAGGCAAGGCACUCAGGCGCCUCCAUCGACGCCGCCAUGAAGUAUCGCACCCGGGCCGAGAUCAAGAGCAGGGGGCGGUGGAAGGCGGGCAAGUCGGCGCUGAGGUACGACAGCAAGGCCAAGAUUGUCGAGAGCGUCGACAAGCUGAGCGCCUCUUUGGCGUCUCACGUGCACAGGUGCGAGCUCCAGCUCGGGCCCCUUUUGUGCGGCCAGAUCGACCCCUCGGCCAUCGCACCGCCCGUCAUCCCGAGCUCGGCCCGCAGGAUCCUCAAGCUCAUUCGGUACAUCCACGCCCUGGGCAUCCCGUGGGCCGUCGAGAACCCAGCGACAAGUUUACUUUGGUGGGUCCCAGGCUUCAUCCAGUUCGCGAACGAUCCCAAGGUCCGCAUUGCCAAGCUGCGGAACGCUGAUGCCGCUGCCGGCCAGGCAUGCCAGCUCUGUGGCGUCACGCCCGGCACCCUUGUGCAUCGUCGGGUUUGCGAGGCCUCGCUCCCUCCGGAUGGGUGGCCAGAGCUGCCGGAGGCAUGCCAGCACUUGCUCUCCGUGCUCCCAGAGGCCCGGCUGACGUUCCUUCGCACUCGCGGGCUUCUUGCACUUCGGCUGCCACGCCCUGUGCCGCAGGAGGAGGCGGCCGUCCGCUGGUUCACGGACCCUCCGGACGCCACUCGCGCCGACUUGUGCUGGUACACGGAUGGCUCCAUGAAGUUUGGGCCUGUUUGGGAGCUCCGGCGCACUGGGUGCGCGCUCGUGGUCGUGUCCGAGAACGGGGACCUCGUGGCGUACGGCUGCGCCGCGCCUCCGCCCUGGAUCCGCACGGCGGCGGCGGCAGAGCUCUGGGCAGUCAUGCUCGUGCUUACCAUUACCCUCAGGCCGCCGACCAUUCGCACCGACUGCCGGGCGCUCCUCACGGCGGUUGCUGCUGGAACGGCGCAGGCCACACAACCCACACGGAUGCUUGCGCAGGUGUGGUCUCGAGUGUCCACCCUCGUCGACGGUGACAUCUCGGAAUUGGUCUCUGCUGGCAAACUUACGUGGAUGCCUGCUCAUGGCAACCAGACCGUCAUUGGCACGGCCAUGAGGUCUGACGAGCACGUUGUCACGGCGAUUGACUGGAGGGCAAAUCGCCUGGCAGAUGUCCUUGCCAAGGCUGCUGCCGGCGGCCCGCCGCCCUGCGGUCCAGCUUCGGCGCUGUUUGCCAUCGCAGAAAGGUUCGUCGCGCACGAGGCCGCGGUGUUGGGGGCCGUCACAUACGCUGCAAAUCACCACGAGCGCAUCCUGUGCGGACCCGGUGGCGCCCUCAAGCGGGUCAUGGUGCGCGUUUCCGCUGCCGUGCGGCGGCCGCGGGCCCGGCCUCGUGCUGCUGCCGCCCCAGCGCCGCCGGCGGCACUGGCGCAGCCGCCGGCGCUGGUCGGGCACGAGCUGGCCGGCCUGCGCGCGGCUCACGCGCCCGCGGCCCGGCCCCGCGCUGCGCUGGGGGCCCGGGGCAAGGAGCGCGCCGCCGCGGCGCGCGCGGCGUCCGCCGGCCGCGCUGCUGCGGACGCGGCUGCCACGCAGGCCAUCUGCGCGGCGCGGGCCGCUGCCCUGCGGCCGUCGUCGGCACCGCCGGCUGCCGAGCGGCUGGCCGCGCUCCGGGCGAGGGUCCUUGCUCGCGUAGGCGACAAGGGGGCGCACUGCUCUGUGGCGGAGUGCAACCAGGUCGACUUCCUCCCGUUCACGUGCAGGCAGUGCAGCCAGGUGUUCUGCCUCAGCCACUACCGUUAUGCGGACCACAUGCUGCCCCAACGCCGCCGGCAUGGACAACAGGUGGGAGCUCUUAUCGGCGGGACGUCAACUAGGCCGCCUCACCGAUCCUACCGGGCUCGUCCUUGGACUGGGAUCGGUGCAUGCAACAUCAUGGCCAGGCUGACGAUGUGA